GGCAAAACCAACUUCCAACUCAUCCGUACUUAUCCCAUCAUGAAGUCUUUCACAGAUCCAAAAGUUCCUGCCUCGAGGCCUGAAACAAAUAAUCCCCGUAGAGAUCCGGAUAUUCCACACAGACUUUUCUUUCUUCUUGAAUUCAAUUCGUUUCUCAUUCCAAUCCUACUUGUCUCCAUCACCACAACCAUUUCCCCACACAAAAAGUUCAACAACACCACGUCAAUACAAUGGCAGAACUCGAGUACAUAUCUGUACUUGAGGAUAUCAAGCAACUUGUCCUCGACUACAAGCUUUCCUAUCGCGGCGUCUGCACCGAGGCAGAAUUCGAUGCAACAGUUGAGCGAUGUCGUUUCAAGCAGACGAAGUGGAAGACUUCAGCCCAGGAUUUGCAGAAUCGUAUUGAGUGGAAUGUCUGGCUUUACUAUUUUCUAGAUUACGACAAUGCGGAGGCGGUUGUCGAUUUCCCUGGUAGAUUUCAAAUCGCUGUCAACGACCCACGUGCGCGGAAAUUCAGAUUGGUUGAAAUGAGGAUUGUGCUUUCCAAGUUUGAGGAACGAAACGAUUGGAAGACGAAGAUAGAGAAUUUGAUCAAGGAGGAAAAGAGUUUGAGAGCCGAGGGAAACUACGAAGUGAAGACGUUGAUGAACAAGGCGCUUGACAAGAAGAGACAUAGCUUCCUGGAUUUUGAGCAUGAGCAACGAAAAAGAGUUGUAGAACGAGUUUACCAGUUCCACAAGGAUAGGCUUGAUGGUAUGAGAAAGGAGAUUGAUGCGUCGAAGAUUGAAUUGAAAAUGAUGAAGGAGUAUGUUAAGAAGCAAUUGGAGGACAUUCAUGAACAAUUGAAGGCUAUGAAUUAGAACGGGGAAAAGUUUUAGUUGGAUUCGUUCAAGAAAUUUUCGUCAUUUUGGAAGGAGUUUGAGCGAAAGGAAUAUUGAGGGUCGCAUAUUGGAUGGGAAGAUUGGUAUGGUAAUUUGAGGAUAGUUCCAUAAUAAAAAACUCAGAAGAUCA